AAAUCACGUCACACUGGACCCACCCUCCCACCAACAUGGCUGCCCUGAAGACUCUUAUUGCUCUCCUGUUCAUAGGAUUUGCGGUUGGCGAGGAAGAAGCAGUGCGCGAAAAGCGAGGGUUUAACAGACCCUUCACAGGCGGCCACGGCGGCGGUUACGGUGGCGGCGGCGGAUACCUAAUUGUUGGUUCUGGUGGCGGCGGCGGCCAUGGACCCACCGCUGCCGACAUCGCAAACCAGGCUGCUGCUCAAGCUUCCGCCGCUGCUGCAGGUCUUCAUGGAGCCUCUAGUUCAGCUGCACGAGGCGCUGCUAACCAGGCUGCUGCUGUUGCAUCAGCUGCAGCUCAAACAGCUCAGGCUGCAGCUGCCCAAAAGCAGUCACAGGCAGCACAGCUAACACAGGCUGCUCAGGGAGCGCAGGCUGCAGCCUUUGCCGAGUCCUCACUGUCCGGACAAGCCUUCGCUGCUGAACAGGCAGCGGAGAACACUUACAACCUGGCCGUGGCUGUGGCCAACGAUCUGGCCGCCGCCCGUCAGGAGGCCCGGACAGUCGUCGCCCAGGCUUUCAAUGCUCUGCAGGCUUCCAGAGCCGUAAGGGCUGCACAGGCUGCCAUGGCCUGGCAGGCUCAACAGGCCGCUGCCUCCCUCCACCAACAGCAGGCCGUUGUCAUCAGUGACCUGCAAUCCGCACAGGGAGCAGCAGAUCAAGCCGCAGCAGCAGCAGCCAAGGCUUUAGCUAAGGCAAAGGGCACCGGCGGCGGAUACGGAGGCGGUUAUGGAGGUGGCUACGGCCACUAAGGGCGUGUCUAUUGUUUCUUUUUUAUUCUCUAGAUUUUCCAGACAUUUGAAAACUUGUGAAGAGGAAAUGUGCGUCCCUGUAUAGUAAAGUGAGUGAAGAGUGGCGAGGCUGAUGUGUGGUGGCUGUAACACAUGGUUAUCCCUCAUGGAUGACCUUACAUGUAUAUAUUUUGCGAUCAAUAAACAUGCUAAAUAUGAA